UUAUAAACAGCUGAUUGGACAGAAACAUUACGCAAAGAAGUGGCUCAUAUUUGGUUUUAUAAAAAUGUCAUUGCUCGCUGCAUUUGCCAGAUUGGGUCUUCAGAGCAGUAGAACUGGGAUUGUCCCCGGUGUUGCAGUUUCACGAUGCCUGCACAUUUCUCCGGUGCUGUGCGCGGAGCCACUGAAGAAAAAGAAGAAACUGGACCCCCAAAUCAUUAAACAGAGAGAGGACCGAAAAAAGAAAAAAAUUGAGAAGCAAAUUCGACGGCUGGAAAAGAAUGCCCGCCAGCUAAAGCCCGUGGAAGAGCUGGAGGUGCCACUGGAGCUGAUCGAUGAGAAGGACAAACGGCAAAGAAAACUGACACCACUGGGUAACGCUGAGCUGGAGGAGCGUGCCCUUCUCAAGAAGCAGUGGGCGCAUUACAAGCAUGAAGAACGGGUGGCGGAUUUCCAAAUAAUCGACCGCCUGGUCCAGGCGCAGAACAAGGCCCUGGCAGAGCUACGAAGCGAGUCCGAAGAACUUUACCAGGCAGCCAUAGAAGUGGAUCCACAGCUGCUACCCGUCACCGUCAAAGGCCCGGUGGCAACUCCUCCGAUUAAAAAUUAUGAUAGUCCCGAUGGGGACUACCUGCAUCAGUCGAUGAAGUGGGAGGUGAAAUGAGAGAAGCAAAGCUUUAAAUUUUGCGCUUGCAGUAACGUCGCCGAUUUGAAAUAAACAAACCUUUUAAAUAAUCAAA